GCGCUCAUCAAUUUGAACAAAUGGAUUUGAUUUGGUUGGACUGUUAAACGGUCGAAAAUUCAAAAAAGUUCAAAAACAAAGCGGGUCGAUUUGCUUCAGUUAAAAAAAUUAUUAAACUAAAAAAACCCAGAAAAAAGAGGUCCCCACUCUCACUUUUUUUGAAAUUUGAAAAACCCUCAACCCUUUUCGUCUGUAAGCGCGCCUUCUCUUCUCUCUCUCUCUCUACACAUUUUCUAGAGGAUAAAAGGAGAGGAGAGGAAAGCCUUUUUAGUUUGGUUGUGAACAGUGAACGCAAAAGCUUAAAUCUCUCCAUUUCCUUUGCCAUUCCUCAAAGGUCGCAUUCAAAUCUCCAUUUUUACCUGUUUGAUAUUUGUCCUAAGAGAAUGGACUCUCUUCCCGAUGCCAUUGUUCAUUACAUUUUGUCACACAUGAGCAAUGCCAAGGAUGUGGCAUCUUGUAUUUGCGUCUCCAAGCGAUGGAAGGAAUCGUUGCCUUAUCUUAGAAGCCUUUUCUUUCCUCGGAACCUUUUUGAUGAUCUCACUGGUGGGGACACCUCCGACUGCAUUGUGAGGCAGAUGAUCUCAUCGAUCCCUCGCUUAGAAGAGCUUGUUGUUUAUUGCCCUUUCUCCAAUGCAGGCCUUGCCUCGUGGCUAUCUCUCGCAGGACCAUCCCUCCGGCAUCUUGAGCUCCGACUGGACAAUCUUGUUGAUCAGAAGUCAUGUGUUGAUAACCCGUCUAAAUUGGACUGCAUUAGAGCUGCAUGGAAUUUGGAGUCUCUAAAACUCUGGGGUGUCCUAAUGAUCCAGUCCCCCAAAUGGGACAUUUUCCAUAAACUUCGAAAUCUUGAAAUAGUUGGUGCAAGAUUGGAGGACCCUGCAUUGUCAGAUGCACUCCGGUCGUGUCCUAACCUGACCCACCUAUUGCUUCUUGGUUGCGAGGGCUUGAGGUCUAUCUCCAUUGAGCUUCCCCUCCUAGAGCAGUGUAAGCUUGACUUUUAUGGCUUGGGUAAUUGCUCACUUACCCUUGCUUCUCCAAAGCUUGAAUUCCUUGAGGUACAUGGCUGUAGUUGGAUUAGGGUUCGUGAUACCCAAUGCUUGAGGAAUCUUUCCAUCGCCAAUAAUACCGGUAGAGUUUACAUGGUGGAUUUUGGAAAACUAGUGGCUCUUGAGUCCUUGUCCAUGAGAGGAGUCCAGUGGUGUUGGGAUGCAAUAAGCAAAAUGCUUCAAUUGGCAAGUGAGGUGAAGCAUAUCUAUAUGAAGGUGGAGUUCACUGGGGAUUUCGAAGCCCUUCUGCCCUUUCCAGAGAUUGAUUUUGUUGAAUUCUUUAACAGUCAUCCCAAACUCCAAAAGUUUGACAUUCAUGGUGCCAUGUUUGCUGCUCUUUGCCAGAAAAACAGCCUGAAAAAUGUGGAUUCAAGUUUUGUGAUUCCUUGCCUGGAGGAGACGGUGAUCACGGUUAGAUCACCUUUGAAUGCAGAACAGAAAAUGAGCACUCUUGAAUCGUUGAUAAAGUAUGGGAAGAAUUUAAAGAAGAUGGCAAUAAAGAUUCUCCAAAUGAAGAGUAGCCAUAGCAGUGCAGAUGAUUUCUUCGAGGAUAUCUGCAGGUUUCAAUACAUGAAUCGCAAGAUUGUUUCAAUACAUUAAUAGCUCAUGGAGCAUUUUUUUUCCCAUCCUUCAUUCACUUUCCAUUCAAGACAUUCCCAUUAUUCUCUAAUCUCUAAUUGAAUGCUAAACUUCUGAUGUUUUGGAUUAGAUUUUGACAGUGUUCCUUUACAUGCUCAAAUAUUUCUCUUUCAGAGCCUUCCUUUUUAGUUUAAGUUGUUGGUUUUAUGCUAAAUUGACCAUUUGAUCUGAAUUUACAAGUCAUUGAUGUUAGGCUUUCAAUACAAAAGUUCUGUUGUAGAAUGUCACGACUGUCCAUCUUUGAAUAGGGUUCCACCUGGUGCCUUGCUCAUCCAAAAAAUGAAAUUGGACGGUCAUUGUGUGCAAAGUUAUUUUCUUAAAACAAACUAAAUUUUCUGAUCUGCAACCUGGGUUUUACACAUGCUAGAGAUCUCUUGGUGCAAUUGACUGGUGUUUCGAAGAAGUAACUCUCUUUCGUAUGUACCUAAGGCAUGUGUCUAGUUGUAGUGUUUGAACAUCCAUGUUUUGUGCUUUUAUGUUCACCUAUAAGAAAGAAAGAGAAAAUUUGGUAGGUUCCAACAUUUUCUUUUAAGCAUUUGGAGAACUAGGGUUCUAUGGGAGGAGCUCAUUCUACUGUCAUCAAGAUUCUACCUGCUAAAUUCAGUUCAUUUUGUUUAGCUCUGCCAGUGUUGAAUGUUUCCUAAUAAACUGCUAUUUCAUUUGUACAAUGGAAACUUGU